CUGCAGUCUAUGCUCUGACAGCUGCACCACAGAGAGAGAGAGACGAGAACACCGCAGAGUACGCUGAGAAAAUCAAAUACACACUCAUACACGCACCCAGGGAACACCAGUCACUGCCCACUCGUUUUCUGUUCCCUCUGUCAUUCGCUUCUGAGCCUAACACCUCCCCUCCUCUCCCGUUCACACCCUGGAGCUUCUUCUCUAGCAGUUUUCCUAAUAAGGAAAGGAUAAAAAAAACAGGAUCAGAUCCCUCUCUCCAGCCGCCUGUGUUUCUUCAGGAGAAGAGAAGGUGGAAGAUGGUGGAAGCAAGGCCCAGGCGGACUCUACGAUGGCCAGACUGGCGGCUGUCUGUUUGCCUGCUGCUUUUCUGUAUGUUUGGGAACACAUUGGGCCGCAAAGCUCCCAAAACCCCACGAUGUCCAACCACCUGCUCCUGUACCAAAGACAGUGCCUUCUGCGUGGACACCAAAGCCAUUCCCAAGAGCUUCCCACCAGGAAUCAUCUCCCUGACUAUGGUGAACGUUGCCUUCACAGAGAUUCCUGAAGGAGCUUUUUCCCACAUGCACCUACUGCAGUUCCUGCUGUUGAACUCAAACACAUUCUCUCUGAUUUCUGAUGAUGCUUUUGCUGGUCUUGGACACCUGCAGUACCUAUUUAUUGAGAACAACGACAUCCAAGCCCUGUCAAAGCACACAUUCAGAGGACUGAAGUCUUUGACACAUCUGUCUCUAUCCAACAACAACCUGCAGGUUCUUCCCAGAGAUCUCUUCAAACACCUGGACAUCCUCACAGACCUAGACCUGCGAGGGAACUCGUUCCGUUGUGACUGUAAGAUCAAGUGGUUGGUUGACUGGAUGGAGAAGACCAACACCUCCGUUCCAGCCAUAUACUGCGCCAGCCCUUUUGAGUUCCAGGGUCGACGCAUCCAUGACCUCACACCUCGUGACUUCAACUGCAUAAGUGCAGAUUUUGCAGUAUAUGAGAUAUACUCAUUCCAGUCUCUGUCUGUGGAGUCAUACGAGUUUAACAAUGACCAGUACAUAGUUUUCGCUCAGCCCAACACUGGAAUCUGCACCGUGUUCAUUUGGGAUCAUGUGAACAUGCUUUUCAAGACACAUUACAACAUCACAUCUCGUUCUGCGGUCUACUGUAAGCCUGUGGUUAUCAACAACACUCUCUACAUGGUUGUGGCUCAGCUCUUUGGAGGAUCCCACAUCUACAAAUGGGAGGAAGGACCAUUGCGUUUCGUCAAAAUCCAGGACAUCGACACCACUCGUGUCCGUAAACCCAACUUCAUAGAGACUUUCCAGAUUGAAGGGGACUGGUAUUUUGCUGUAGUCGACAGCUCCAAAGCUGGAUCCACCAGCCUGUACCGCUGGAACAGUAACGGCUUUUACUCGCACCAGUCUCUCCAUCCCUGGCACAGAGACACUCACAUCGACUUCCUCGAGGUGGACGGCAAACCUCGUCUAAUUCUCUCUAGCACCUCGCAGCCCCCGGUGGUGUAUCAGUGGAACCGCAGCCAACGCCAAUUCGUCUACCACUCGCAGAUCACUGAUUCAGGUGAUGUGCAGAUGGUGAAGCACUUCUGGAUACGAAAAGUGCUGUAUCUCUGCCUCACGCGCUUCAUAGGAGACUCGAAGAUCCUGCGCUGGGACAACCAGCGCUUUGUGGAGAUUCAAACGCUGCCGUCACGUGGCUCAAUGGCCGUGUAUCCGUUCAGCGUUGGAGUGAGGCAGUACCUUCUGCUGGGGAGCGAUUAUUCGUUCUCUCGUAUUUAUCUGUGGGACGACCUCACUCAAAGGUUCCAGCCCUUUCAGGAACUGAACAUGCUUGCGCCUCGAGGGUUCAGCCUGGUCUCUGUUGACAAUAAGGAUAUUCUGUUAGCGGCCAGUUUUAAAGGAAAGACCAUGGCGUACCAGCAUCUCGUGGUGGACCUCAGUGCCAAAUAGGCUGCUGGAGACGUUUUUCUGGGGAUUCAGGCUGCAAGUGCUUAAAGUGCCCCUAUUAUGCAAUUUGAAAGGUUCCUAAUUAUGUUUUGGAGGUCUCCUGCAACAGGUUUACAUGCAUCAAAGAUUAAAAUACACUUUCAUUUUCUCAUAAUACACAUCACCACAUUUUUCAAUGAUUCUCAAACAACUCGUCGGAUGAAUCAGUGUCUCUAAAUGCUUCCAAAUGCCCAUUACCAGAACUGAUUCAGCUCUGGAGGCUUCCUAAAAUUCAGCGAUUGUACACACUGUAAAGACAGUAAUGACGGUGUUGAUUUUAUUAUAUCAAUCCGAGCGCGAGUCCGAUGAUGAAACAUUGGAAGAACUAGUUAUUCAACCUAAACCUCCAUCACAAGAACGAGUAGGAGUUUUCUCAGUGAUACACUACUCAGUAUGACAUAUAUUAUGAGAUGUUGCAACUGUAAUUCCUCUGCAUCAGCAUUAACAAGUGUAUGUCAAUCAACAAACUGAUGUGUAUAUUUCUAAUUUAUUGCGGUACAUAUUAGGGGUUGCACCGACUAAUCGACUAGUCGACUUUAACGCUCUGCCAUGACGCUUUAAGCAUGAUGUCGACUAGUCGCUGGUCAUGGCCUAUAGAGGGCACAACAGGAAAAUAAAUCUUUGAAGUCCACCUUUACGCUCCGUAUCCUACAGUUAAUGACAAAUAAAUGCAUACUCUGAGAGCGCUCCACAGCAUAUGUUUGAUUAUACCAUCUGGAUUCUCAAUAUUGAUCGGGUGAAUGCACGUUUUAAACAGCUUUUUGUACAGGUACGUUAAUCGACGUUCUGAACUGCGCUGCUACACACACACAUCAUGUGCAAAUAGAUUGCGCGCAUACAGAAUCAUUCAGUAGUGCAGAAAUGUAAGAAAUAUCUAGCAUAUAUUUCUUAGUAACUAAAACCCACAGCUUCACUAUUAGAGACGCUGCCAGGUAGAAUUAAUUCACACGCAAUCAUAUAAAUGUAAUCUUACUGUGCUGCUUUAUCUGUAUCUGAUUUAGAACGAGCAGAUCUGUGAGAAAUAUAACGACCCAAAGUCAAAAGAACUGAUAAAAAUAAACUUAUGUAAGAGCAAUAGACUUGUGGGCAGCGUUGUGUCAUGUGCCAUAGCUGUGCAGAAGGCAAUCUGCGAGUCUCAGCUCGAGGUUCAGACUUAGGCCUCGUUCACACAGAAUGCAUUUUUGCUUUCAAAAACACGAAACACGGGCAGUGGAAUAGAGGAAAAAAGUGGUUUCGAGACACGUUUUUUUAAAGUUGAACUGUUUUGAACUUGAGCGCUGCGUUUAUAUAACGCCGUGUCAUGCUCGAGACUCUGCAAAAGAGCAAGACAUGAGCACAACAGUCAUAUACACGUCCAUCUAGCAUGUAUUUACCAUAGACUGUAAAAAAAAUGGACGUAGUGUCCGUGACGUCACCCGUAGAUUUCAAGGGCCUCAUUUAUAAAAUGUUGCACAGAAACCGUCCUAAAUUUGAUCUUACGAUCAUUUCUCAGAUGUGCGUAUGUGGGAUUCAUAGAAUGAACGUACACACAGAAAACGAGCGUACGCCUCUCUUUCAGAUGUGAAAUCUAUAAAUCGCAAAUAAUCUUGAACUUGCGCGGAGCUGAAUGCUUUCAGUUCUCCGCGUUUUAAACGACACCUAAUUAAUGUCAUUUACGUAUAAAAGAUCAACUGUUAUUGUCCAAAUCGUUGGCGAGCAGCAAGAAUAGCUUAGAUUUCCAAAAACUUGCAGUAAUCUGACCAGGAAAAGUGUGUACAUCUGCUCAGACCCUGACGUGACACCAAGCACUUUUCCACGUCAAAGACCGUUUUUAUAAAUAUGAGCGUUGGCGUGGAUUUAAACAUACGCACAUUCUAAGAUCAAAUCUGUGCGUACGCACGCUUCAUAAAUGAGGCCCCUGGAGAGCAUUUUUGAAGCCUAAAGUGGGCGGAGCCGGCCAUCCGUGUGUGUUAUGUGUGUUUUAGCAAGGCUAUGUGUGUUGCAAGUUGGUGAAUGAAGAUACUUGCCAGGUUAUGUGUCACUACUCUGCUUUAUUAAUUUAUCCAGUGUAAAACCUGGACACCACCACACAAAUGUGGCUUUUUGUUAAUGACUGUCCCACUACAGGAUUUAACACAGAGUAACAGUUACAAAAGACACUGUAACAGUCUGUCACAGGCAAUUCUAGUUGCAUUUUUCAUCAAUUAGCCUAAUUUCUUAAAUUAUCCUUUGACUAUGUUCUGGCCCGCCAUCUAGUGGCGAAAUUUUUUUUUGGCCCGAUGCCAAACUUAAUUGCCAAUUAAUUUUACCAUAUAGAUGCUCCAGCAACAGUAAUAUUGUAAUUUGUGUCGGGUGUGCAAAUGACAACAUGCAAAAUCAAAACGGGACUUCAUACCUUUGUAAUGAAAUAGCCAUCGCGAGAUGAAUCCAGUCCAUCGCACUUGGGUAAAAUGCCCGUGAGCGUCCAUUGAAAAACGUCCAACAGCCAACUUUUGUUCACAAAAGUGUUAAAUCCAUAAAAUAUAUCGAUAUAUUGUCCAUUGCAAUCUGAGCACCGUUUAUGUUGUAAAACUGUAUACGAUCGUAUACAUUGAACUCUCAAAAACAAAUGAGCCCGCGUCCAAAGUAUAAUUUUUCAAAAUAGUGCAGCAGAUUUGGUUAUAAUAUCCAAGCAGUGCUCUCGGAGUUUGUGGUGUCUUGAGUGGCAUAUUCUCCAGCCAUUGUCAUUGUAGUAAAUCUGGUGGACAAAACUUUAAGCCAAUGCCAAGACGAUCCAACAACGUGUGUUGUGUUUAUCUUCCGCAUGACAUGCAUGCACAUGUACACAGACGCACAUCUGUCUCGACCAUUAUCUGCACAGCAAGCCAUAUUUGAUAAUUGGAUGAAAUAAUCCCCCAAAAAAAGCAAACAUGGCAAAGAUGCCAAGUUCAGCAGCUAGAAUUAGCUGAGGUGACGUGAUAGCUCACAGUCAGCAGACAAACAGCUAGUGACAGCAGCGGCAACCCACCUGUCACUCAAGUGGCCACGCCCUUAAUUAUGCAGAACUUAAUAUAAUUUAUAUAAUUUAAACAGAUGAGUUAUAAAAAAAAAUUCACCACCCUCACAGUUGUCAUGAAGGGUAAAAUUAGAUGUAUAGACCAAAACCACUUUUUGCAUUGGGCUGUAAACAUAUUUUUUUCUGCUAUAAAUUUGGGCAUUUAAACAUGGGGGGGAUACAGAUUUGCCUCCCUUCUGGAGCCUGUCUCUAGCGGCCAGUCGAUGAAUUGCAGUUUAAGUUACUUCCGUGUUGGCUUCAAGAGAGACCGCGGGAGGUUACCGCUUGGUACUUACAUAGAAAAACAAUGGAAAAGUAGCGCAUUUUAAUGGAAAAACGUGUUCUGUGUGGACGGCCCCAUAUUUGUUCAUUAAUGACGCCAUCAUCAACUAGUCGAUCACAUAUAUGUCGACUUUAAAAAAUCUCGUUCAACCCCUAGUACACAUGUGGGAACUGUAUUAUUAACAAUAUAAAUUACAGUGCAUAUGUUAGCUGAGCACUAACGUGAUGUAAUAUUAAAGUUUGUAAAACAAAUCUUGCUCCAUUAUCAUUACUCAGAGUAGUAGGAACUACAGACAAUCUGCAUUAAUGGACACAGUUUUAGGUAAUAGUGAGCAACAGCUGAUUAGCAGAAGUAUUUCAGUAGGACAAUAACGUGAGUUAGCUGGAGACAUACACAAUGCUAAAACACAAACACUAUGUAUUUUGAACACUCGGUAUAAAAUAUAUACGUCAAUAAUUAAUCAUACUUAUAGGUUGUGAUUCUGAGGAGCAAGUUGGUCCAAAUAAAGUGGGUACUGUCCUAUCUUUAACCAUUGAUUCUUACAGCCUCAUCCUUUGAAAGUGAAAAUAAAGCGAAUUUACUUUCACAGUGCAGAGCACAACGUCUUGUAGACAUGUUACCCACACGAACGAGCUACAGCGUUUGAGAAGGGGAUGUCCACGCAGAACAUAGGCUGGCAUUAUGCAAAUGUGUGAUAUGUGAACUUCACGAAAAUAGAUUUCGAAUUACAAACGACUUAUUUAAGCGGUUUAACUCUUUUGAGAGACAACUUUAUUUAUGAUGCACAACUUUGCAGACUGUUUACAUUCACAUACAUUACACACUGCAUGAAAGGUAAUUUUCAAAAAUCCAUAUUAGGGGCACUUUAAAUCUCAAGAACUGCAACAUUUCCACACUUUUUCUACAUCUGCUUUCACACAUGAAUUGAUUCUGUCUUUGCUAAAUACACUCGCACAUUAGUUACUGUAAGUGUAAGCCAUCAACUCAAUAAACAUGUUAAGACUGAUUACCUAUUUAGGUCUUCAAAGCUAAAUAAACAUUUACCAUCUGCAUUGCAAUGAUUACAUGUUGUAUGUUACUCUAAUAGGAUGUACAUUGUUCAGCAGUUUCAUAUAAAAUUAUAUUUUUAGACAGAUGUUACUCCCUGAUCCAUGUAUCAUCAUAAUAAGAAAAUGUCUGUAGCUACUUUUAGAAAAUUAUGUGUUACCAAGAAAAAUAACAAGUACGUUUUCAUUACUCAGUUGAGCUUGACUGUUAAGGCUUUGCCUUUCUAUGCAGAUUAUUAUUCUCUGAAUUAUUGUACUUGGGAACAAUAUACCGAAUUACUAAUUAUAAAACGUCUGCUGUCAUCAGCAUGUAUGGCAAUAAAUGAGUGUCGUGGAAAUUAUUUAUGAUGUGUCAAAAUAAAGUUAAAAUAUCUGUUUGUCUUGCA